AUGGAUGUUCAUCGUAUAGUUCAGGCGCUUCAGGCCUCGUUGCAACCAGAACAGCAAGCUGAGGCUGAGAAGCUCCUGGUUGAGAUGCAUAAAAUUAUUGGAUUUGCACCUACGCUUGUUCAAAUCGUCCUGGAGCAAUCGUUGGAUUUGUCUGUUCGUCAAGCUGGAGCUGUUUUCCUAAAAAACAUGAUACUUAAAUCAUGGAAACAAAGGGAGCAGUCUAGUCCCGAUGAGCCAAUCCCAUUCCAAAUUCACGAAAAUGACAAAGAAGCAAUUCGCGGCGUAAUUGUACACGCGGUCGUGUCUUCAGUCAUACCUAUCCAGUCCAUACUACAAGUUGCCGUUGGCAAAAUUUUGAGAAGUGAUUUCCCCUCCCGCUAUCCCAACUUUGUGGAACAUAUGGCAAGAUACCUGAAUACGACUGAUUUCCGCGAGCUUCAUGGGGCUCUUCUCUGUUUAUAUGCUCUGGUUCAGGUAUAUGAACAUAAAACAACUGAUAAAGGCCCACUUCCUCAAACCAUGAGCUCACUGCUCCCCCUCCUCCAUCAACGCAUGGUCACAAUGCUUGCCGAUACGUCCGACGAGUCUCUUUGUCUACAAAAAUUGGUUUUGAAAAUAUUCUAUCGCUAUACCGACUUUUUUUUGCCUGUAUCCUCUAUUAACGAACAGUGGUUCACGGAGUGGCAUGUUCUGUUUUGCUCGAUUCUCCAAAACUUUAAUGGUAGUAAUGAUGAUGCUGACAGUGCUUACUGGAAGCGUCAGAAAUGGGUCGCUCGAAUUCUAUACUGUUUGUUCACCAGUUAUGGAAGUCCUGGCAAUGUUCAAAAGAAAUAUUCCAAUUUUGCUGAUUGGUACCUGAAGAGUUUCUCUAAUCAAGUUCUCACUGCCUUUCUCAAAGUUUGUGAUGCUUACCGUAAGCAAACUUUCGUAUCUCCAAAAGUAAUGGCUGAAACGCUUUCCUACCUAUCUGCUUCAUUGAGCCAUGCUUUCUCCUGGAAAAUACUCCAACCUAAUUUCGAUACACUUUUGCAAGACGUUAUUGUGCCACUUUUGUCGCAUUCUGAUGAGCUUGCAGAAAUGUGGGAACAUGACCCUCUUGAAUACAUUCGUUACAACACAUCAAUGUACAUGACGCUACAUAACCCAGGCGAAGCGGCGGCCCAUUUUAUCAAAGAUGCUUGCACAAAGCGCAAAGGAAUCUUAGACAAAUCGAUGCAAUAUUGCAUUCAGGUGUUAACACAUAACGUAAAACCUCAAAUCAAGGACGGAGCUCUGCAUCUGGUUGGAACUGUUUGUAGUACUCUUCUUAGAAACAGGGAUUACAAGCAACAAUUGGAAUCAUUUAUGACUACACACGUUCUGCCAUUAUUUGAAGCACCUGAAGGAUACCGUCGCGCUAGGGCCUGCUGGCUUGUUGGAAAACUGUCACGAGCUAAGUUCAAUAAUGUCAGUAUUCUGUGCCAGACCGCUUUGGUUUGUCGCCACCUCAUGUGUUCAGAUCCAGAUUUACCCGUUCGAGUCGCCGCAGCCAAAACAGUAUUCUCCCUUAUGAAAGACCAGGAUGAAGUCAAGAAAGUAAUGAGUGCACACCUUCCAGAGCUUGUCAUGCAGUUGCUGAAACUACUCCGAGAGACUGAAUUUGACGAUCUUAAUGUUGUACUACGCGAUGUUCUAAUAUAUUACGAUGAAAUCCAGCCUAUUUCUGUGCAGAUGCUACAGCAUUUGUCUGGCACAUUUGUGAAACUGAUAGGUGUUCAGCAAAAUGGCGAAGGCUUGGUUUCCGUCGCCGAAGGUUCGGCGGCCGGUGACUUGGAUUACGACGAGACCAAGGAGUACCAAUCUCUUGUCGCCACGGGUGUCAUGGAAAACAUUGAGUCACUCAUGUCGGUUAUGGAAGACAAUGCCGAACUCGUAGCUAAUUCAGAGCCGGUGAUUGUGCAGCUAAUCCAAGUAAUACUGAAGAACAAAGUUUCGGAUUUUUACGAUGAAGCUUUCUCCCUCAUCUGUUCGAUGACCUGCACAAAUGUAUCCCCACUCCUCUGGUCUGUGUUCGACUGGUUGUAUCAGGCUUAUGAAACUGACGCUGGUGAUUGUUUCGCCAGUAUGAUGCCCGCAUUGCACAAUUAUGUUACCGUGGACCCAAAAACCUUUGUUGCCUCUCCUGAACGCGUGAAGAUGCUCAUAUCCAUGUGUCGGAAGUCUCUUCAAGCUGACGACGAUCAGUCAACUGAGGGUGUCCACGCCGCCAAAAUGCUAGAAAUUUUGACGCUCAAUUUCCGUGGUCAACUGGACAACUGCGUUCCCGAAUUCGUUGAACUAGCGUUAACUCGUCUUUCUAGAAAAACGACAAUCGCUGAACUCCGUGUAAUGUGUCUUGAAGUUGUUAUCGCAGCCAUUGUUACCUCUGCGGCAAUAGUACUGCCUAUCCUGUGCAAUCACAUGUGGCCAGAGACGCAGACUCCAAUUAUUGAAAAUGUCCUUAAGAUCUGGAUGGACAGUAUUCAUGAGUUCAGUGGUUUGCAUGAUCGACGAGUUUGUGUGCUUGGUCUUUGCACUCUUUUGUCGUUGAGGGCUGAUCAGCGGCCUCCAGCUGUUGACGCCAUCUGUGCCCAGUAUCUCCCUGCCCUUCUUCGUGUGUUGACGGAUUUAAAGAACGCCUAUGCCCUAAAAAAAGAAGCUGAAAAAGAGGAAGAGAGUGAAUCAGAUGAUGACGAUGAUGAUCUCGAUGAGGACGGACUUGCUGAUGCUGCUGGUGAAGUGGCGGAUAGUGAUGAUGACGUAAUUGAUGAAGAGGGAUCGCGAUACCUUGAACUUCUCGAGGCUGUGGAGGCUGAACUUGGAGACGGCGAUAAUGACGACGAUGAUGAUGACGACGACGACGACGAUUUCGAAGCCGAUUCGGUCAUGGAAAAUUUCGACACGGAAUUGGAUAAAGAAGAGUGUGAGAUGGACGAGUAUGUGACGUUUUAUCAACUUAUGACCGAAAUGGAGACCGCCGAUGCCGCGUGGUACCAACGCCUUGUCAGCCCGCUUUCAGACACUCAGAAGGCAGAGUUCAAGGAAAUCGCCAAAACUGCUAUCCACUGCAUUGAACAGAAACAAUCGAAGCAAAUAGAAAAGGCCGGUGGGUACAACUUCCAGCAAACCGAUGUUCCAAGCAGCUUCAAUUUUUCUGGCGACCCCCCACCCCAGGCUUAG